AUGCGUCUACCGCGCGGAACGGGAGAGGUUGAACCAGCAACCAGCGAUGAAUUCGAAAGGGUCGGGGAAUCAGUCAGGAUUGGAGAAAGGAGAGGAGUCACUCGAAUACCGAGUAGGAACGCGCUCAAGAGAGCAAACCAGGUGGAGGCGAGAGGGUCGAUAACUAAUAAUCCACAGGGACAGGGGACCAUCUCCACCGCCUGCAACUUUGAGGAAUCUGCACUUAAACUACUUUGGGACUAG